CGAGCGGACAGUUGAAAGUGGGCUUCGGACAAGGUGUGUGUGUGUGUGUGUGCGACCAAGACCGUGGAGAAGCAAUGCGCUCGCAGGCCUGCUUCCCUUGCACGGUCGUUCAGCGUUAAUCGCUAGAAUAUAAAGAGCAACGGUUGGCAGCUCGCACGCAAUCACGGGCGUAUAUCGGAGAGCGAGAGAAGAGAGGAGAAAAUGAUCGCGGUGAUCGUCGUUCGAUGGACUCGCGAGGAGCGAUCGCCUCGGGAUGCCUACUACUGGCCCUCCUCACUACUGCUACCCUGGCUGGCCCCGCGCGAACGGCGUUCGAGAAGCUGACCGACUACGACUACCGAGGCACCACCUACUACAGCGUGCGCAACCUGUCGCUGUACGAGUGUCAAGGCUGGUGCCGGGAGGAGCCCGAGUGCCAGGCGGCCGCGUUCAGCUUCGUGGUCAAUCCCUUGGCGCCCAUGCAGGACACCCUCUGCCAGCUGCAGAACGAAACCGCCGCCGCGAAUCCGAGCUCGCAGCCGCAGAGGGCGGUCAACAUGUACUACAUGACCAAGCUGCAGAUCCGAUCAGAGAACGUGUGCCUGCGGCCAUGGGCGUUCGAGAGAGUGCCCAACAAGAUGAUUCGCGGCCUGGACUCGGCAUUGAUCUACACGUCGACCAAGGAGGCCUGCUUGGCGGCUUGCCUGAACGAGCACCGCUUCACUUGCCGCUCGGUCGAGUACAACUACGUCACGUUGCAAUGCCAUCUGAGCGACUCGGACAGGAGGACAACGGGCCAGUUCGUGCAGUUCGUGGACGCGCAGGGCGUCGAUUACUUCGAGAACCUCUGCCUGAAGGGUAAGGAGGCCUGCAAGGCCCAGCGCCACUACCAGGUGCCGAGGAUCGGCGUGGCCGAGGACAAGGUGGCCCAGUACGCCGGACUGCACUACUACGCCGACAAAGAGCUGCAAGUGCAGAACGACCCGGCCUGCAGGAUCGCCUGCGAGAUCGAGAACGAGUUUCUCUGCAGGUCGUACUUGUACCGCGGACCGCCUCUUGGCCAGGCCUACAAUUGCCAUCUGUUCCACUUGGACCACUGGACCCUGCCCGACGGGCCGUCGACCUACCUCAACGCCGAAAGACCGCUCAUCGAUAACGGAGAUCGCGUCGGCACCUAUUACGAGAACUUCUGCGAAAAAGGGGCCAUUUCCGAUCCGGCGAUCGAGUUCAACCUGACGACCAGUCCGCCGCAGGACUCGAGAAUCGACAUCAAUUGCGACAAAACCGGCACCUGCUACGACGUCACGGUGGAUUGCAAGGACACGAGGAUCGCCGUGCAGGUGCAGACCAACAAGGCGUUCAACGGCAGGAUCUACGCGCUCGGCCGGUCGGAGACCUGCAACAUCGACGUCAGCAACAGCAAAUUCUUCCGCCUCGAUCUGACCAUGAGCGGCCAGGACUGCAAUACGCAGAGCGUGACUGGCACCUACUCGAACACCGUGGUGCUACAGCACCACUCGGUGGUGAUGACCAAAGCCGACAAGAUCUACAAAGUCAAGUGCACCUACGACAUGUCGUCUAAGAACAUCACCUUCGGCAUGAUGCCCAUUCGCGACCCAGACAUGAUCAGCAUCACCAGUGCGCCCGAGGCGCCACCGCCGAAAAUCCGUAUCCUCGACAAUCGCGCGCAGGAGGUGGAGACCGUCAGGAUCGGAGACAAGCUUACCUUCAGGAUCGAGAUACCCGAAGACACUCCUUACGGAAUCUUUGCUCGUAGCUGUGUUGCUAUGGCUAAGGACGCCAAGAGCACCUUCCAGAUCAUCGACGACGAAGGCUGUCCGGUAGACUCGUCCAUCUUCCCCGGCUUCUCGCCCGACGGCAACGCGCUGCAGUCAUCGUACGAGGCAUUCAGGUUCACCGAGUCAUACGGCGUCAUCUUUCAAUGCAACGUUAAAUACUGCCUGGGACCUUGCGAGCCGGCGGUGUGCGAGUACGGCCGUGACUCGAGCGAGUCGUGGGGCAAGAGGCGCAGGAGAAGCUUGGACAGUAACAACAGCAGCAGCAGCAGCAGCAGCAGCAACGAGGAGAAGGCCGAGGACAUGACGCUGUCGCAGGAGAUCCUCGUGCUGGACUUUGGCGACGAGAAGCAGUCGCAGUUCUUCAAGAGCAGCGACGCCAGCGUCGACUUUAACGAGGCUGAGAAAACAGUGACCAUCAUCGAGCCCUGCCCUACCAAGAUGUCGGUUCUCGCCUUGGCAGUGACGUGCGCUCUGCUCGUGCUCAUCUACGUCUCCACCAUCUUUUGCUACUACAUGAAAAAGUGGCUACAGCCCAGGAAGAUGAUGCCUUGAGCGACCGGCUCCGGCGCGUAGUUCUCUCUCUCUCUCUCUCUCUCUCUCUCUCUCUCUCUCUCUCUCUCUCUCUCUCUCUUUCUCUCUUUUCUCGCGGAGAACGAACGCUAUCACACGGAAACACCGACGAGACUGUUUUAAACGGGCCAAGUCACAAACAUAACAUUGAUAACAAACGAACGAGGAACGAAUGUCGCUCGGGUGACGACGGCACGCAAACGCAUGCGCUCCGUGUCUGUCGCUCUCAUAAAAAUGCGUAGGAUCGCGCUGCACAUGCUUACACACAGACACACACGCACACAUUCCUCGCGGCUCUAGGAAAAAAUGCAAGCAAAAAUUGCGUAAAAAACGGGAUGGGAGAGGCGAAAAAAAAGAAAUAGAAAACGCGCGCACACUCACACGGACACGACUUGCUGAUUCGAAAGGCGGCUUCUAUGCAUUUUCACGACUCGCGGAGAGCUAAUCAAUCGAGAGCACGCAGGCACAGACUGCGCGGUGCCUCGUGACCCGACGCGCGCUGAGAGCUAUUAUCUCUAUCAAGGCAUUCUUUCUUUCUUUCUCUCUCUCUCUCUCUCUCUCUCUCUCUCUCUCUCUCUCUCUCUCUCUCUCUUUCCUUGUAUACGCGAGUGCGCUACUUUUGAUCGGGUUGCAAAACUUAUUACACGCUCCAACAUUGAAAACUGGACGAAGGACGAGAAGCUUUUCGCAUCGUGUAACCUGCAUCAAGA